CUCAAUCAAACAAAGCGAGCGUUACCGACGCAACGCGGGAACGGAAACCACUUCACUCUUUAUUCACUAUUCACUCUCUCUCUCUCUCUCUCUCUGUUCCAUUCCAUUUCCAUCGUGCCGGCCUCAAAGUUUUUUAGGCUUAAAAAAAAAAAAAUAGAAUAAAACUCUGAGAAAAUUUGCUUUGACUUGCUCUCUCUUUGUUUUUUUUUUUUUUAAAUCUCUGUACUGGAAUUUCUUUUUUUGUGUCUCUAUUUGAAGCUCCAGAAUGAGUUGAGAGGUCUUUUUUUUUUUUUUGGUUAUACAAUACAAGUAGAGACUAGAGAGGAGAAUAAUGGCUUCGAGGUCGUCCAGACAAUCUUAUUCUCAUAAUCAUAAUAAUGGAUCUUCUUCUUCUUCUUCUACUUCUACUUCUUCUUCUUCUGCUGCUGCUGCUGUUUCUUCAAGAACUACUGUGGGCCAUGCUCAACCGGCCCAUAACAGUUCGGGUCGGCCCAAGCCUCCCUCCGCCACUUCAAGACGCUCUGUCAUCCCUAAUUCUCGAACUCAGUCUUUUCACUCCGAUCAAGAGCCCAGAAGGGUGAGAGUUGCUAUCAGACUUCGACCAAGAAAUGCUGAAGAUCUUCUUUCAGAUGCUGAUUUUUCUGAUUGUGUUGAGUUACAACCGGAGCUGAAGCGGUUAAAGCUGAGUAAAAACAACUGGAGUUCUGAGUCUUAUAGAUUUGAUGAAGUUUUUACAGAAACUGCCUCUCAAAAGCGUGUUUAUGAAGUGGUUGCAAAACCUGUAGUUGAGAGUGUUUUGAAUGGAUAUAAUGGGACAGUUAUGGCUUACGGCCAAACAGGUACUGGAAAAACUUACACAGUUGGAAGACUGGGUAAAGAAGAUGCAUCUGAACGAGGUAUUAUGGUUAGAGCUCUUGAAGACAUUAUUGCCAGUACAUCUCCUGCUUCUGAUAGUGUAGAAGUCUCCUAUUUGCAGCUGUAUAUGGAAUCCAUACAAGAUUUGCUUGCACCAGAAAAGACUAAUAUUCCUAUUAAUGAGGACCCAAAAACUGGUGAAGUGUCAUUGCCUGGUGCUACUGUAGUCAGAGUUCAAGAUCUUGAUCAUUUUCUACAGCUACUGCAAGUUGGUGAGGCAAACCGUCAUGCAGCUAAUACAAAGAUGAACACAGAAUCUUCUCGUAGUCAUGCAAUUCUCAUGGUUCAUAUAAGAAGAUCUGUCCAUGAAAAAGUAAACGACGAGAUUAAUUCUCAAGAGAAGGGUACUAAAAGUGAUUUAUUUGAUGGCAAUGGCAUACCCAUCGUCCGAAAAAGCAAGUUGCUGAUUGUGGAUCUAGCCGGAUCUGAAAGGAUAGACAAAUCUGGAAGUGAAGGCCUAUUGCUUGAAGAGGCUAAGUUUAUUAACCUUUCUCUCAGUUCCCUUGGAAAAUGUAUAAAUGCAUUGGCUGAAAACAGCUCACAUAUACCUACUAGAGAUUCUAAGCUGACAAGAUUGCUUCGUGAUUCAUUUGGAGGCUCAGCAAGGACUUCGCUUAUAGUAACAAUCGGGCCAUCUGCACGGCACCAUGCAGAGACUGCUAGCACGAUAAUGUUUGGGCAGCGGGCAAUGAAAAUAGUAAAUAUGGUAAAGCUUAAAGAAGAAUUUGAUUAUGAAAGCUUAUCUCGGAAGCUUGAGGGUCAAGUAGAUCAUCUUACUGCAGAAAUUGAAAGGCAACAAAAGUUGAGAGAUGAUGACAAAUACAAAUUGGAAAAACAGCUCAGAGAGUGUCAUGAUUCAUUUGCUGAAGCAAGAAAAGUUCUAGUCACAAGGUCUGAGAUUUUGGAAAAAGAAAAUAUCCAUUUGGAAUCAGAGAUGAAAGGCAUCUUAAAUGAAUUGAACCAUCAGAAAGAUCUUAACAAUUUGAUGCAGGAUAAAGUUUCAAAGCUAGAAAUGAGUUUAAAACACAGUGAGCAACACCAACUUGAAAAUUCUACAUAUCAGAAAGUACUGGCUGAUACCACUCAGAUGUAUGAGAAGAAAAUGGCAGAGUUGAUUAAACAGAUAGAAGAUGAGCGUGCUCACUCUGAAAAUGCUGAGGAACAAUUAGCUCUGAUGAAGAAGCUCCUGAGUGAGCAGCAAAAGUCAAUUCAGGGGCAGAAACAGAUUGAUGAACUUGCGUUGAAGUUACAAGAAAUGUAUCAGCUACAUGAAAAUACUUUAAGUGAACUACAAUCCCUGAAAUCAGAAAAUAAAGAUCUAUUACUACAGAAGGAAAAAUUAAAUGAAGAACUUCACUCUGUGAGGCAAAGGCUUUUAGAACAGGAGAAACAAAGGAAGGGUAUUGAAAAUGAGCUAUUUAAACUAAAGAGGGCUGUACCUGAAAAUGAGAAUGACUUUGAGGACAAGAAAUCUUAUAUGAAGGAAGAAUUAAGUAAAGGAUCUUCAGAAUUUGGGAACCGAAUGGGUUCAUACAGGUCAAAUCCAUUAAGAGAGAAUAUCUCUGGUCAGAGGGCCACAAUUGCAAAGAUAUGUGAAGAAGUUGGGCUUCAAAAGAUUUUACAAUUGUUGACAUCUGAAGACUCAGACGUCCAAGUUCACGCUGUGAAGGUGGUAGCCAAUCUUGCUGCUGAAGGUGCACCUCAUUUGCCUAUAAUUUCUACAUGUCUGAAAUGACGCUGACCAAUUUGU